CGCACAAAAGCCACUUUAAAAACGCACACUCGUCCCCUCGCAGUUCAAUUCACGAUAGCUUUCCACACAUCUACUAUGGCUUCUCGACCUGCCGUCCGCGCUCUCCGUCAGUCUGUCAGGCAAUUGGCUGCCCCUGCUGUGCAGAGCCGAGCGUUCGUCUCAGUUUUAAAUGCUACUCGUGCUAGUGUGGCUGCUGCUCCCAGGGCGGCAGUGACUUCGCAAUUCCAGCAAGUGAGGGGCGUGAAGACAAUUGACUUCGCCGGUACCAAGGAGACUGUCUAUGAGCGAGAGGACUGGCCGAAGGAAAAGCUCUUGGACUACUUCAAGAAUGACACCCUCGCCCUCAUCGGCUACGGCUCCCAGGGCCAUGGCCAAGGUCUCAAUCUCCGCGACAACGGCCUCAACGUCAUCGUCGGUGUGCGCAAGAACGGCGCUUCGUGGAAGGAGGCUGAGCAGGAUGGCUGGAUCCCCGGAAAGAACCUGUUCGAUAUCGAUGAGGCGAUUGGCAAAUCCACCAUCGUCAUGAACUUGCUCUCAGAUGCUGCCCAAUCGGAGACGUGGCCGGCCAUCAAGCCCCAGUUGACCAAAGGAAAGACGCUCUACUUCUCCCACGGCUUCUCCCCCGUCUUCAAAGACCUCACCAAAGUCGACGUUCCGUCCGAUAUCGACGUCAUCCUCGUCGCGCCCAAGGGCUCUGGCCGCACCGUCCGCACGCUCUUCCGCGAGGGCCGAGGCAUCAACUCCUCGGUCGCCGUCUUCCAAGACGUGACCGGCCAAGCCAAGGAGAAGGCCAUUGCCCUCGGCGUCGCAGUUGGCUCGGGCUACCUCUACGAAACCACCUUUGAGAAGGAAGUCUACUCGGAUCUGUACGGCGAGCGAGGAUGCCUCAUGGGCGGCAUCCACGGCAUGUUCCUCGCACAGUACGAAGUCCUGCGGGAGCGCGGCCACAGCCCGUCGGAAGCCUUCAACGAGACUGUCGAAGAGGCUACGCAGUCCUUGUACCCGCUGAUUGGUGCAAAUGGCAUGGAUUACAUGUACGCGGCGUGCUCGACGACUGCGCGUCGUGGCGCCAUUGAUUGGAGCAAGAAGUUCAAAGAUACGCUGAAGCCGGUGUUCAAUGAGCUGUAUGACUCCGUUAGGGAUGGCAGUGAAACGAAGAGGAGUCUGGAGUAUAAUAGUCAGCCGGAUUAUAGGGAGAAGUAUAAGAAGGAGUUAGAGGAGAUUGAUAAUCUGGAGAUUUGGAGGGCGGGUAAGGCGGUUAGGGGAUUGAGACCCGAGAAUCAGAAGUAGAUGGGUUGGGAAUAGAUGAAUGGGGUAAAGGGGAUGAGAUAGCGAUGGUGGUGAUGGUGGGGUGGGGUUGAACAGUUUCUCUCUACUGUUAUUUGGCGUCUGCGUCUGAAUUCCUUUCGGUCCAGAUUUUGGCGCGAAUACCUGCUCUUCGAUUGACUUCGGGUUCCCGGUUCAAAAGUCUGUUUUUGAGAGAAUGAU